UUUCCUUCUGGAACCUCUUUGUAACCGCCACAACGGCGGAACUUCAUUCUCUCCUGAACAAGUCAUCAUCGCAUUUUCGGUUUCACACCGAGGCAGGUCAGGAAAUGGAGAACAGAGCACGCCUUCGAGUUCACAAGACCAAAGGUUUCAAGAGCGGGAAGAAAAAGCAUUUGGUGAAAAGGGUCGUUGAUUACCUCAAAUCCGAUACUUUCCUGUAUGCUCCUCUGCUCUCUAGUGUGCCCCCUGAUUUUCGCUCGCUUGAUACUCUCCAUUCCUCUGAUAGAGUAGUCGAAUUUAAAAAACCCGUCAUAGAAAACAAGCCGUUUCUGGAGGAGCUUGGGGAUUAUGUGAGAUCUGAUGUUUUUAUGUAUGCUCCUAUAGCUGGUCCUCCUCCUUCGCUUCAAGAAUCUUUGCUUUACUCUGAAAGGAUAAGGAUGUCUGUAUCAACGACAAGAUUGACUAUGAAAGUGAAUCAACCAGCUGAUCAUUUAGGAAAUGCAAAUGAAAGGUCUGAAAAUUAUCUUCCUCGAUCAGGCCCCUCUGAUCAGCAUUCUCAAGGGCAUGCAGAAACUGUCAAGCACCCUGUAUACCAAACUUGUCACUUGAAUUCUGCUCCAGGGAAUGUCACUCUCAACUCACAUUUAACAGCUCGCUGUUGAUUGGAGCUUUAGGAUGUGAAAAACGUAAAAGCUAUUUCUCCUUUGAGUUGGACAAAUGACGUAGUAUUAUAUGUAUAAUUGUUAGUCAUGACUUCCCUUCACUAGCUAGUAGCUACUCAUACGGUUGAGUUAUUUCAUUCGGUAGUUUGAACGUCUCCUCAAAGCUAUGCGUGACGCCGUGACCUGUUAUGUCAACAUGUAGCCAUUUCUGUGUUUGCAUUGGUGAAAUUAGAUGAACUUGGCUUGUUAUGCUCAAGUUGUUUUCUAAA